UGUGAAGGUGAGUUACGUUCCUACUAAUUUUGUGUUGGUUAAAGUAUUUGAAGACUUGGUCAUCACGAAAGAUUUAUCAAUAAAGUGAUAUGGAUCUUUUGGAAAAAUAGUAGAAACCUCUCAAAAAGUCAUCAUACGUGAUAUGUUUGCCCAUUGCGGUGAUGAGUUUAUAAUUCAUGGAAACUUCAAAGACGGUUCUAUUAUUUCCAGCCCCACAUAUAUAUACUCAUAGAAAUCUACCUAUUCUCAUCCACAAUACUCUUAUCUCUAUCUCUUUCCCUCCUUUUCUCUUGGUGUAAGUUCAUCGAUCUACAAACUACAAAUGGAAGUAACAAGAAUAUCAAUAGGAAUUUCGUUGGUUUUUGUUGUAUUAGUUAGUGUAUUAUGGUCUAUUUUAAAUUGGAUAUGGUUUAAGCCAAAGAGAUUAGAGAAAUGCCUUAGGAACCAAGGGUAUAAAGGUAAUUCUUAUAGGCUUUUGCAUGGUGACACCAAAGAUAGAGCUUCUAUGACUAUGGAAGCUAGAUCACAGCCUCCUUUGCCACUUAUGUCCAAUGAUAUUCUUCCACGUGUUGUCCCGUUCUUCAUUCACACUCUUAACACAUAUGGAAGAAGAUGCUUUGUAUGGAAUGGUCCAGUGCCGUUGGUGACCAUUGCAGAACCAGAGCUUAUAAGGGAAGUGUUAAUGAAGAUACACGAGUUUCAAAAGCCAGUAACAAAUCCACUGUUAAAGAAAGUUGCCUCUGGUUUGGUUAUGUUAGAGGGUCAAAUGUGGGCUAAUCGGAGGAAGCUCCUCACUCCUGCUUUCCACAUGGAUAAGUUAAAGUAUAUGAUUCCCGCAUUAUGGGAAAGCUCUAAUUGUAUGGUCAAGGAGUGGGAAGAAAUGGUAUCGGAGAAAGGUUCGCUUGAAAUUGAAGUGUGGUCACAUUUGCAUAUAUUAUCAGCUGAUCUCAUUUCUAGAGCUGCGUUUGGAAGUAGUUAUGAAGAAGGGAAGAGAAUAUUUGAACUCUUAACUGAACAAAUUCAGAUUGCGGUUCCAGUUUUCAAUUCAGUUUAUAUUCCUGGUUGGAGAUUUGUCCCAACCAAGGCAAACCGAAGGAUAGUGGAACUUGACAGGGAAAUCCGCACCCUACUAAAAGGUGUUAUUGAAAAGAGAAAGCAAGCAAUUAAAGCAGGAGAAAAGCCAAAGGAUGACUUAUUAGGAAUACUAUUGGAGUCAAAUUUUGUAGGCAUUGGACACGGAAAUAAAAAACAAUUACAACAUCGCAUUGAGUUAACAAUUGAAGAAGUGAUAAAUGAAAGUAAGUUAUUUUACUUAGCAGGUCAAGGCACCACUUCUACGUUACUUGUAUGGACACUAAUCAUGUUGGCAAGGCAUCAAAACUGGCAAGCUCGAGCUCGUGAAGAGGUUUUAAACACGUUUGGAAAUCGUAACCCUGACUUUCAAGGACUAAAUCAUCUUAAAAUUGUUAACAUGAUACUACAAGAGGUACUUAGGUUAUAUCCCCCGGUUUUAGAAUUAAACCGUACAGUUAACAAAGAUAUUAGAGUCGGAGAUGUCUUCUUACCUGCAGGUGUGUUAGUUAACCUCCCAAUACUCCUUAUACAACAAGAUGAAAAACUAUGGGGUGAUGAUGCUAAAGAAUUUAAGCCAGAAAGGUUUAGUGAAGGAAUCUCGAAGGCGACGAAAGGGAACAUGUCAUUUUUCUCAUUUGGGUGGGGCCCAAGAAUAUGCAUUGGAUCAAAUUUUGCCAUGAUUGAAGCCAAAAUGACAUUAGCUUUGAUUCUACAACGUUUCUCUUUUGAACUUUCGCCGUCUUAUGCUCAUGCUCCAUCCGCCAUUGGAGCACUUAAACCUCAAUUCGACGCUCCAAUCAUCUUCAACAAACUAUAGGUUGAUUAUUAUUUUAUGUAACUUUAAACGACUAAAAUCCAUUGUUAUAAUAGCAAUUUGUGUUGUAAAAUAAGGUAAAGGAAGGUUCUAAUUACCACUUUCAUAUGGAUGUUUAAAGCAAUAUAUACGUACUACUGAUA